AUGGACAUUACCAUCCAGCACCCCUGGUUCAAGCGUGCUCUGGGACCCCUCAUUCCAAGCCGUUUGUUCGACCAGUUUUUUGGAGAGGGUCUCCUUGAGUAUGACCUCCUGCCUUUGUUCUCUUCCACUAUCAGCCCCUACUACAGGCAGUCCCUCUUCCGCAGCGUGCUGGAAUCAGGCAUUUCAGAGGUGAGGUCUGACCGGGACAAGUUUACAAUCAUGCUGGAUGUAAAACACUUCUCUCCCGAAGACCUGAGUGUGAAGAUUAUCGAUGAGUUUGUGGAAAUCCAUGGCAAGCACAGUGAAAGACAGGAUGACCACGGUUACAUCUCCCGUGAAUUUCACCGCCGGUACCGCCUGCCUGCCAACGUGGACCAGACUGCCGUCACCUGCUCCCUGUCCAACGACGGCAUGCUGACCUUCUCGGUGCCCAAGGUGCCCUCCAACAUGGAUGCCAGCCGCAGCGAGAGGCCCAUCCCUGUGUCCCGGGAGGAGAAGCCCACCUCCGCGCCUUCCUCCUAA